GCGGCGUUCAGUCGUACGCCUUGAAAAGGACACCAAAGGUGGCGGCUCUGCCGUCUUUUCGCGUUGUAACCCACCUGCCAAAAAAUAAGUGAAACUAUAUAUAUACAUUAGCCGUACACCUCAGUCGGAACCGUCCAAGUGUAUCUGUGUGCACCCCCCGAGUCAUCGUUGUGGCUGUUGUGUGAUUGUUUGCGACUGGUGAGUCGUCGUCUCCCUGUGAUCUCCGUAGUGAGCGUCGUCAGCUGGAUCCCUGCGCCGCAGCGAUCGCCAUAUUGGAUAGUCAGCACUAGGCCUACCUGCGACAAGCCCAAGCGAGUCGCUUGCCCCGGGCCGAAUCCGUGGGUGGAAUCAAAGUGGCUCGUGCUCGGUUACCGGUCAAAGUGUGCUCCCACCCUCGCUGUUGGCUUGGCCACUGCUGGACUCGAAGCUCAUCAUGAGACUGGAGAUCCGAAGUGCGUCCGAAUUCCUCAUGAAUAUUCUUCGGCUCGGUCGGAACCUGGAUUCCCGACUGCUCGACGUGUUCCGAGGAACCUUAGAGGACUUGUUGCGGCACCACUACCAGCACCAUUGGUUUCCCGAGAAGCCGUCUAAGGGCUCCGGCUACCGCUGCAUCCGAAUCAACCACAAGAUGGACCCGAUCCUGGCCAAGGCGGGCCGCGCUUGCGGUCUGCAAGAAGCUAGUCUGCGCGAGCUCCUGCCCAACGAGCUGACGCUCUGGGUGGACCCGCUCGAGGUGUCGUACCGCAUCGGCGAGAACGGAUCCAUCUGCGUGCUCUACGAUGGCGGGCACCUCCACGCGUCGAGCAGCAGCAGCAGCAGCAGCAGCAGCAGUAGCGUGAGCAGCCACGUUAAUGGUGGCAGCAGCAACAACAACAACCACUACUCGUUGCUCACCAACUCGCCGCAGGGCGCGCUCUCCUACCACCACCAGCACAACAAUCACCUGAACAACAACCACCACCACCACCAUCACUACUCGGGCUACGAGCGUAUCGCGGCGAGGCCCGCGGGCUGCAAGGGUUCGUGGGACGCCGACCCGCGGAACAUCAACUUCGAGCCGAUGGCCACGUACGUGUCGAGCUAAAAGAGCGCUUAUAUCUCUCCUAAGUGUGUGACAAGAGACAGACUGCCAAAAUGUUCGCGCUUCAGUGCGUUUGAGGGUUGGGGGCCGCGGUGGGCUGCGUUGCAGCCGCGCCGACGCCGCCACUCCGCGCAUAUCCGAUGGUUGAUGACGCCGCCUCCUUGUGUGAUAGACCGGUCGGCUUUCCUCGGCUCCCAGUCACCCUUGCUGAGUCGGCAACUACUACGGACUCGUCGUGUAUGUGCGCGAAGUUGUGUUCUAAGCGAGAAAGCCGCCGGGUGCCUCGAUUUACCUCCGCAGCGUCGCUAUCGCCGGGCAGCGACUGCGGGCGUUGUGGAGCGCACCGGUGCGGUCGCUACCUGCGUAGUGCUUUACUUUAAAAACGUGCCGUGUUCGUCGUUCAGUGCGAGACUGCCGGCGGCUUUCUUGUUUUCUUCGUCUUCUUGCGACGACUUCGCGUACCUCACACGGAUCCGUGUGCAAAACCAGCGCCGUUGCCGACCUGCUGCGGUAGCCGGGAACCGAAGAAGCCCGGCUGUUUUGCGAGGGCGAUCGUCUUCGGGAUCGGUUCGAGUGCACCCCCGUCGUCACCUUCCAACAACGUCGACACCACGGUGACGGGACGGCGGUGCAUUGCGCAGUGGUGGUUCAGCCCGCCUCCCAACCUGGCGCCUCCUUCGCUUGGCCACAAGGGCUGGGAGGUAUGGUACAAUGUGAUCUCGUUAAAAAAGCAAACACAAACUUUUUUGUUUUAGAAGAAGGCCCCUCUUUGAAAUUUUUUUUUCGAGACUUGUUUACCGUAAUAGGAACCUCGUCGUCGUAGUUGAUGCGUGCUUCACCGGAGUAAAAAAAAAAAAAAAAAAAAAGACUUGACUGAUGAAAGAGGCACCAACUACAGCGACGCGAUUUUUUAUUAACUUCGGUCAUGUCAACAUGUCCACCACCCAGUGUGUUUUUUUUAGUUUAUUUAAGUGAACGCGUGAUGAAAAAGAAGUGCUCUUCCUCUCCUUCUCUCCCCCCGGUUUUUUUAUAUAUGUAUAAUUAUGUAUAUGUGUGUAUAAUAGUAAAAAUGCCAGCCACUACUACACGAGUGAAGGUCAAAAAAACAAAACUUGCGUAGCGGCGAGGGAUGUUUUUAAAAAGGAAAAAACACAAACUCGUGUAGGCGAUUGUACAAAAAAACGAAGUGAAAUGCCAACAAAAAAUACACACCCCCAUACAAAGAGUUUUUCUGGAGAGUCAGGGGCAAAAGUGACGUGUUUGAAAGGCAACGACAGACUGAUGCUGUUUGGAAUGUGUAUACCACUACGUCUCUCUCUCUCAAAGUCAGAGCAAUCACGUUUUUUGUGUGUUUGUGUGUACACAACCUGAAAGUACAAGUUUUUUCAGGGACCAUUGCCGCCCCCGAAAAUGCCCAUCUUUUUUUUCUUCGGAGAAGAAAAAAAAACAUACAUCAAUGAAGAGAGUGCGCGAAAGGAAGAAAAACAAACUUUUAAACGAGUGUACAUCUUAGCGACGCAUCGGCAAGAGCAGCUUUGACGAACGUAAAUACUACAGGGAAUUGAAAGUAGCGUCGAUAAGCAAAGUAACAUACACUGCGUAGGGCCAAGUCGGGCGAGGUGUUUUCGAAAAACACAAGUCAAAAUUUGUAAUUAUACACAAGCCUAGCCGGUCAGUCAAGCUCUUUCGAAGGUCCCUUUUGUAACCGACUUUUUAAUUUUUGCGGCCGCUGCCAGAGUAAAGACAAACCCCUACGGGCGUUUAAAAAAACAAGACUAAGUCCCUCCGGUGAAUUGGAAGAUCCUCGAUUGUUUUCAAUUUGGUAAAACUCAUUAUUGCGCUGCUAAUUUUGUCAUAAAUUGGGGUGGGCGAGAGAAUUUUCUGCAUUUGUCACUGUAAUAACGUUUUUUUUUUCUGUUAUUAUUUUUAACGGCCUCAAUUUUUUUUUUCCCCUUUUGUCGAUUGUCUCCCCCGCCCCCACGAGUAACUAUUCGCCGACACCACUGCUAGUUACUCUUACCAACCACUGUGAUCGCUGCCGCUACAGCCGUCAUUAUUACGUCGUCUUUUGUCGUCUCACCGCAGUUAAUGAAAGCAAAAUGACACAUUCAAACCUACUGCAUUCUGUUUUGUUCACACCCCGUGCAAAAAUCAAGUAUACAACUCGGUUUUGUAAACUGGUCACUGAAUUUUUUUUUGCUUUCUCUCGAGUGUUUUUUGCUGCUGCAACGGCGUGUUCAAUGACUCGCCAAAGUAUUACUGCCCUGCCUAGCUAUUACUUAUGUAUAGUUUUCCUCUACUGUUACUAUUUUCUGGCCUCCUGUGCCUGGCUGUGCUAAUCCAAAAUUGGAUAUUUGCCGGUGAUUAUAAGAAUGUCGGUGUGUAAUUCUUCGCAGUUGGGUUCAGUCGUUGCAGUUCUGCACCAGUCGUUCCACCAAUUGGAAGGCUCCGUAAAGAAUUGGCAAAAUGCAUUAGUGGAUUCUCUGGAUCGGACAAUGUACUGUUGUGUUUUCUUAAUUCUACGGCCCCUUUCAUUUGCACACUCGAUUAGAAGGCAACGACUGUACCCAACCUUGUGAAAACAAAAAUGUGUGUUGCAAUCGUGCUUUUAUUCUACAUCUCGUCUUGUAAAGAAACCAUCUGUUGUAUUUUCUGUUGCUGGAUCCCCGUACCUUGUGCUGUCAUUCUGAACUCCUGAAAUGGUCUUGUUGCCAUACCUGUCUCCGGUGAUCCAUUCUACUCUUGCAUGAUGACCAGUCUAAGAAAAAAAAGAAAAUUGGCUGUUUUGUUUUACCCGUCGCACCUUGCCCUGUGAAUCUUCUGUACAAUUUCUCUUUUUUCUUUCUUUCCAGAUAAAACAAACAUUUUAACAAUUGUGUAAAUGAGCGAAAGUGAUAAGAAUAUGUCGUCUUUAAAACAAAACGUGAUUGAUGAGAGAGUUCUCGAAACACAUUGUUGUUUUUAUUUUUUAAAUCGCGCAUUAUUUACAUGCUCAUCAACCACAAACACAUCGUGCGUCGUCGUCGUCAACCCUCGUAUGACUGAAACUGCAUUUUGCCAGUUUGUCUUGUAAAGAUUCAUUUUUUCUUUUUUUUUUCUCUCUGUCUUGUAAAAAGGAAAGUUGUAUAAAGGCAUUAUGUAAAUGUACAGUCGUACAACUAUAGGAGAUUUUUUUGUACAGUAAAUAAAUCUCGUGGAUGCAUUGAAAA